AUGGAGCUAGGCGAGUUCAUUCGUGGUGCUCUGCCAUCAUUCUUUGCCAAUACCACCAUGAGUAGCAAAAAGUCAGCUGAGUAUGGCUCACAAGACCUACCUGGCGGCAUCAUCGAGACCCUGACGCCAAUUUUGGGGGUUCAGUUCAACCCGCUGCUUCGGCUGGUCGUGGUGCUCAACACGAUGUUUGGCGAGUAUCUGGGACUCGAUCCAACUUACGUUCUGGUCGCAUAUGGCUGCUUCUGGGCCAUCAAAAGGGUCUGGGAUUUUGUAUACACAAACAUCACCUACAUCUGUCAGCAAUAUUUCCAAGCCACCGUCCAGGUCAGCAGUAACGAUGACAUUUACGUCCACUUCAUGAAGUGGCUGGCAUCACAGCCGAGUAUGGUCAAUUCGCGUUCCCUGACAGCGGAAACAGCCUCGAAAGGCGCUUGGGACGAGGAAGAAGACAUGGAUCUUGUUACUACUCGUGUGUCUCCCGAUGGCUCCAACGUUUACCUCAAUUUUUCAAACCAAGAGGCCAAAGCAGAGCCCCGCUUCACACCAGCUUUAGGCACCCACGGCUUCUGGUUCAAGGGCCGAUAUUUUACUCUGCACAGGAGACAGGAGGCUCUAUACGAUGCUGGUGCAGCCUAUCACGGAAUGCCAACAUUCAAGGACAAAGAGAUCCUUGUCAUCUCGUGCUUUGGCCGCUCUCCUGAGCCAAUCAAGGAGCUCCUUAGGCAUGUCAAGGCAGAGUUUUACAGAGACCAUCAAGCGAAAACUACGGUCAGACGUCCUGCGAGCGAAAUCAUGCGUCGCUAUGGAAGCAGACACAACUGGCAGCAGGUCGCAAAUCGCCCAGUCCGUCCUAUGGACACAGUAGUCUUGGAUGACGAACAGAAGAUCAGGGUCUUGACGGAUAUGAACGAAUACCUCCAUCCGUCAACCCCUCGGUGGUAUGCAAAUCGUGGGAUUCCCCUUCGCCGGGGUUAUCUCUUCCACGGCCCUCCUGGAACCGGAAAGACUUCCCUUUCCUUUGCUCUUGCCGGCGUAUUCGGCCUUGACAUAUAUGUUAUCUCUCUACUCGACCCUUCUCUGACCGAAGAAGAUUUGUUGGCUCUCUUCAACGGCCUGCCUCGUCGUUGUGUAGUUUUGCUGGAGGAUAUCGAUACAGCUGGCCUCAAGCGAAACGAUCAACCUGCCUCUGACGAAUCCUCAUCUUCGUCGUCGUCUGACGACGAGAAUACCGACGAAAAGGACGAUGAGAGCAAAGAAAAGAAAUUAAAGAAGUCCGGAAAGAACAAGAGCAAAAAGAACUGGAAGGUUUCAGACCUGGCUCGAGAGUUGAAGCGUCAUGGAGAUUCUGGAGAAAAGAAGGGCAUCUCCCUUUCUGGCCUCCUGAACGCCAUCGACGGCGUUGCUUCUCACGAGGGCCGCGUACUCAUCAUGACCACAAACAAGCCGGAGAUGCUAGAUGAGGCUCUCAUUCGUCCGGGGCGCGUGGACUUGCAAGUCGCCUUCACCAACGCCACCCAAAAGCAGGCGCGUGAGCUGUUCAUCCGCAUGUAUGCACCUGACAGCAACAUGAGCUCCUUGCUCAGCCACAUUCCUUCGAAUAGAACCUCUCCCACCAAGCAGAGUGUUGUUCACACCCUAGGGGCUCCCCCUUCGCCUCCACCUACCCCUCCUAUGUCCUACCCUGACAAACCCAGUCGCAUCAUCGACGACUCUGGCUCAAAGACAGGGGACGAAGUUUCUUCUUCUUCCGUGCCGGAAAUCACGCCCACCGCUCCUAGAGCAGCCAAGAGCAACGGUACCGUCACGCCCCCUCCUUCCGAGUCAGAUUCCCCUCCAUCCACGCCUCGCACCAACUCCAUCUCUGGAGCCUUUGAUGAUGUUGAAGAUGAACACCCAGCUUUAUUGCACCCAGACGUGCUGGCACGCAUGGCCGACGAAUUUUCGGCCAAGAUUCCCCCAGGCCAGUUUUCGCCUGCCGAGGUGCAAGGAUUCCUGCUGAAGAGGAAGAAGACGCCGCGGAAGGCGCUGGCUGAGGUGGAUGCUUGGGUGCAACACAUGCUGGCGCAGAAGGCGAGUAAGACUAAGGUGUUGCAGGUGCAGUGA